AUGGCGUCCGUCGCCCCCUUCAGCCGCCGGCAGUGGGCGUCCCAGUCGCUGAGGGUCACCGCCAAGGAGAUGUCCAUCGUCUCCGCCCGGGGAAAAACCAACGCCAUCGCAGAGCGCUUCUCCAAGUAUCAGAUGGCAGCAGAGGAGGGAAAUGCAGAGAAGAAGACACACACAGACACACACACAAACACGGUCGCACAACUGGACAGCCGGCUCGCCCUCCUCUUCUCGACUCUCUCUCCUCCGACAGUAAGAAUCCUGUGCAGCUGUUUCCAGGCUGCAGCUCCUCUGCCCUCAGCGCUACGCAGCGGGAGUCUGAGUGUUUUAAAGAAACGCUGGGAGCAGCAGCAGCAGCAGCCGACCUGUCACAGAACCCAAAGUCAGGAGGCCACGCCCUGCGGCCCCCCCGACCCUCAGACCCCCAUCAGCCAAUCCACGGGCCCCAAACCCUCACCUGGGAGCCGCUCGGACACCUGGAGGAGCUCCACCGUCCCACAGGACCCGGAGCCUGAGACCAGUGAGGAGCAGCAGGACCCGAGGAACCCGAGGAACCCGAGGAACCCGAGGAACCCGAGGAACCCGAGGAACAUGGAGGAGCCGACGAGCAGAAGCACCGAGGAGCCGGAGGCCGACGUGUCUGAGAAGCCGAGCGUCCCACUCAACAGCCUGAAGAGGAUGUUCGAGACGGGAGAGAAGCCGAGAGACGAGGAGUCCGGAGAACAGACGGGUGAUAACAUGGAGCAGAUACUAGGAGUCGGAGCAGAUGGAAGUCUGGCGGACUCCACUCCUCUCCGGGACCGGAUGGCUCUCUACCAGGCUGCCGUCUCCAAACAGGACAGCGAUCAGCUGGACGGGUUCUGUGGGAAGCAGAAGGAGAACGUCCCUCCGUGCUCUCUGGACCUGAGUCCAGAGGCCGAAGCAAACGGGAGAAAAGCUUUAACUGCAGAAAGCAACGGUUCUGGUCCCGGCACCCCGGUGUCGUCCAAUCAGAAGGACUCGUCUCAGACCAAGACUCCCAGAAACUUCCGGCUGCCGGUGAGAGAGACGUGUGUUUCCUGUGAGAAGACGGUGUAUCCUCUGGAGAGGCUGGUGGCCAAUCAGCACGUCUACCACAGCUCCUGCUUCCGCUGCUCGCACUGCAACACCAAGCUCAGCCUGUUGAACUACGCCUCGCUGCACAACAGCGUUUACUGCAAGCCGCACUUCUGCCAGCUGUUCAAGGCGAAGGGAAACUACGACGAGGGCUUCGGCCACCGGCCUCACAAGGAGCUGUGGGAGAGCAAGGGCGACGCCGGCGAGACUCCGCCCCCGAGCAGCCUGAAGACCCCGAGCUCCGCCCCCCCGGAGCUGGAGAGCCCCAGCGUGGAGGACUCGCCCCUGGCCAAGGUCAACGUGCUGAUGGCCACGAUGGAGGCUCUGGGUCAGGGGUCAGCGGAGAAGGCCGACCGGCCCAGCGAGGGGCGUCGACUCAAGAUCUCCUGGCCGCCACGCACAGAGCCGGGGGAGGGCGGAGCCACCACGGAGGUGGGGUCUGCUGGUAAACCAAUCAGAGCCAAGUGGCCACCGGAGGACGACUCCCCCUCCUCACCCACGGAGGAGGCCAGGGAGACGGCCAGCCUGCGCCAGAGCUCCUCCCUGAAGGAGCGCAGCCUGGCCUACACGCUGGCGACCAGCCCCGAGUCCAGGAGGCAGAGUUCACCCCCCCCACCGGAGGGGCUCAGCCCGGACCCCCCCGCCAUGGAGCUGUCGUCCCACAGCCAGACGCCCACCGAAGACAACUGCGUGGACAUCCACACCAGCUCAGGGGAGGAGGAGCAGGGGGAGGAGCCUCAUGUGGUCCAGGAGGAGGAAGAGGAGGAGGCUCUGGGAGGACGAGCUGAGCAGCAGCAGGAGGAAGAGGAGCUGGAUAAGAUGGAGGAUGAGGAGGAAGAUGGAGGCGUGUUGGAGGAGAUGCUGACGGAGCAGAUCUCCUCUCCCGAGGUGGGGGUGGAGGAGGAGGUGGAGGUCAGCAGGUCGUCUCAGGACGUGGGAUUCUGGGACAGCGAGGAGGUGGAGGAUAAAGAGGAGGAGCUUACGGUGGAGGAGAUGAUCAAACGUAACCGUUUCUACGAGGAGGAGGAAGAGGAGGAAGAGGAGGAUGUGUGAGGCCAACACGUCGACUUCCAGGACUUUUUCUUCCUCUUCUUCCUCUUCUCUCAUCUUCCUCUUCCUCUUCUCGCUGCAGUUUCCAAUCUCUUCCUUCUUCUGUAUUUGUGCCUCUUUAAACAUUUCAACUCAUAGUUUUUACUGUUGCUUCGGCAUGAUUAGUUUUUUAAGUGAAAUAUUUAAAACUACAUGUUAGGAAUAUUUUUAGAACAGAAAAAGUUGUGACACAUUGAAUACGCAUUUUAACUUUGUGUACUGUUGUAAUGAUGAUUUCUUGGGAUGCCUCUGGAUCCGAACACCAGCUUCGUGCUCUUAUUCAACGAGAAGUGGGAAACUCACUCGUCUCUUAGGAGCAAAGUUUCAGGUGAAACUCUGAAGCUGCUCAGCCCGAAAAAGAAAAAAACAUUUCCUGUUUUUAUUAAAUAAAUCUGUCACUUUCUUUUUGUUUUGCAUUGGAAUCACGAUCUUUUUAAAAUCAGGGACCAAAUAUCCUAAACUUCUACUGUUCAAAUAAAUUGUUAUUUACUAAA